CCAAAACCUUUUCUAAUCUUGAGGAAAGGGGGGGCGGGGAGGGCAGAGGAGUAGGUGCCUUGGGAACGUCAUGGAGCUGCUGUGCUGCGAGGUGGACCCCAUCCGGAGGGCUGUGCCGGACCCCAGCCUGUUGUUCGACGACCGCGUUUUGCUUAACUUGCUCACCAUCGAGGAACGCUAUCUACCCCAGUGCUCCUAUUUCAAAUGCGUGCAAAAGGACAUUCAGCCCUACAUGAGGAGAAUGGUGGCGACUUGGAUGCUGGAGGUCUGUGAAGAGCAGAAAUGCGAAGAAGAAGUCUUCCCCUUAGCCAUGAAUUACCUGGACCGGUUCUUAGCCGGGGUGCCCACCCCUAAGUGCCGCCUACAACUUCUGGGUGCUGUCUGCAUGUUCCUGGCCUCCAAGCUGAAGGAAACGAUCCCCCUCACGGCAGAGAAACUGUGCAUUUAUACCGAUAAUUCUGUCAAACCCCAAGAGCUGCUGGAGUGGGAAUUGGUGGUAUUGGGCAAGUUGAAGUGGAAUCUGGCAGCUGUGACGCCUCAUGACUUCAUCGAACACAUUUUACGGAAGCUGCCCCUGCCGAAGGACAAGUUACUUUUGAUCCGAAAGCAUGCACAGAUUAUUGCUCUUUGUGCAACAGACUUUAAUUUUGCCAUGUACCCACCCUCAAUGAUUGCAACUGGAAGUGUGGGAGCAGCCAUCUGUGGCCUCCAGCUCGACAGUGAGGACAACGCCCUCUCAGAGCAUCUCACGGAGCUGUUGGCGAAGAUCACAAAUACAGAUGUGGAUUGCCUGAAAGCCUGCCAAGAACAGAUCGAGGCCGUGUUGGUGAACAAUCUGAGGCAAGUUCGACAAGAAGAGCAACAGAGAAAUCCUACAAAGACGGUGGAUGAACUGGAUCAAGCCAGCACCCCCACAGAUGUGAGGGACAUCAACCUGUGAGGAUGCCAAUGCAGAGAGAGAAAAAAAGAACAAAACAAAACAAAAAAACAGAGAGAGAGAGAGUAGUACUUGCUCUCCAGACUCCCAUUUGGGUGUUUUCUUCCUUUGUCGGGUUGUGUGUGUGUGUAUGUGUGUGUGUGUGUGUGUGUUGUUGUUGUUGUUGUUGUUGUUGUUUUAGAACAAAACUUUUUUUAAUCUGCUUCCACCUAGAAAUAUUUAAGUGUCUUUUAGAACAGAGAAAAAGAAACCUACAAAAAAAAGUCGAACUAUUAAACAUAUUCUGAUGCAUAUAAUGUUAAAAAGAAGGGAAUCGUGAUCUUUGUGACAAGUUACUAUGGUUAUAUAUAGUAAAAUGCUUAUAUGAAAGCAUACAAAGUAGCUAGAGAAAAUGUAUGCCUGCAGAUGUGGAAACAAAGCAGAUUAUCCUCAAUUUUUCCAUAUUAUGGACUAGUACAUACAUCCCCAAUUUAGAUGGGAGAAAAGAACUAUGUGAUUCAUGGUUUAAUUAGAUUGCAAAGCAAUGGACUAAAGGGGUUGGGGAAAUGAGGAAGUAAUGAGGGGGCAACACAGAAAGAUAAUUAUCUCUGAUGCAAUUGAACCAUUCUGGAUGCAAAAGUUCUUUGGCUUUCAAGUCGCCUUCAGUUUAAUUGGAAAUGUAUGUGGGAUUUCUUUGAGUUAGUUGUGUUUACUCCCAUCUGCAGUAACUGCUGCCAAGGAAAGAAAGAUGCUUUAUUUUGCCAGGCAGACACAGGUGAUUGGUUCCUGAAUGUGAUUGAUGUGUUGCUUCUCCUUUAAACAUGGCCUGCCAUAGACAGCAGUACCACGUUGUCAGUGUGUAAGGGAAAGCCUGACUUUGGGACAUUCCCUGGGGUCUUGUUUUAAAGCAGAAAAACAGGACCAGAGUCUGAAUUGCUGCAAUAACAAGGGUGAUGAGGUCUUCACAUCCUUCACCAGUCCAAAUUAAUUCCAUGGACUGAUUAACAUUUGUUAUCCACAGCUCAGCAUUAUUAUAAACCAUUCCAUUCAAAAAAGCACUUUGAAAAUUAUUCUUGAGGGAUAGAUGGGAUGGUUUAUGAAAAUCAUGUGGAAUUAUGGUUAGAGAGGAGUUGAAAAAUGCAGUCCUCCUCUCCCCCCUCCCAGAUCUGUAUUCUUAUUUCUAUAUUGCAUCUGAUAUACUCUCUCAGUAGCUCCUGCAUUAAUGCUGGAAGAUGAGAGACAACCCCAUUCAGGUGACAUUCCCAUCACAACAUUCCUGAUGAAAUUCCAAAGGGAAAAAAAAAUGUUAUUCCUGUGUCACAGAAGGAUCUUAAUACACCUACCUGCACACUUCUCCUUUGGGCCUCAAAAGAAAAAUUACUGUUAGUGCAAAAGUCAGGUGACUGAACACCAGGGGCGCAGUGUUGGGUUUUGUUUUUUCCUUUUUUUUUUUUUGAGGGGGGUUGGUUAAUUUUAUUACAAAAUUGUAUUCAGUGUACUUGAAUUUUUUUCCACUUUGUUUCAAAGAGGGAGCAAAGGAGUUGGAGCAGCAAAAAAAAAAAAUUUGCACAGUUAUAUUAGGUGAUGGGGGUAUAUGAAGCUAUUGUUUGAAAUAUUGUUUGCAUUUUUUAAAAGAAAUCAUAAUGGGCUACUUUGAAGCAUUAUUUUAUAAACAGACUUGUGUCUGGCAAUAUGAGGGUUGAAAAUGCAAUUUUAAAAAAUCUUAGGGUGUCUUUCAUUUGUUUUUAUCUGUUGGGGUUUUUUUUUUGUUGUUUGCGCUGCUAAGAAGCUAUGAUCCUUCAUUUUUAUCCACAUUAACAGUACUUAGCUGUAAUGUUUCACUGAGUGUGCUGCUAUUUUAUAAACAUUUUGAUAAUAUAUUAUUUUACUGCUUAAAUUUCAAAUCCUGAAGCAGGUGGUUAAGUUGAGCUUAUAAGUUCUGUGAUUUACUGGAAAAGCCCGUGUACGCCUUUUGUUUUUCUCUGAUAUAGUGUAUUCAUUUUUUUUUCCUGCUCAUAUCCUGCAAAAACGGCAUUUACUUUACCUCAGGUUUACUGGAUACAAAAUAUAAGGUUCACACUCUUUUUUUUUCCUAAUACCUCACAACCUUCUGUUGGGGAGCCUUUUCGAAUCCUUGAUAUAGGAGAUGAGGAAUAAUCUCUUCCUUCCGCCUUAGAAAGAAGACAGGGCCACUUUAGCUAGCCUAGGAAGGGGGCAGCUUGUCUGCUGAGAACCAUUUCUGACCACAAGGACAUAGAUUUUGGCUUCCAUUUUGACUUCGGUUAUCCUCAUCAUCAUAGUGGAAAAAAUACACUGAACCCAAGGGAGUCCCUCCAGGGCAUAUAUUUAUUCACCAGCAACUAUGCAGUGGAUUUAGAAGUCAGGUGUCAGGAAGAGAGAAUAAAAAUGGAUCUUGGCAGCUUGUUUGCAGAUCCAUAUUUUUUAUGCCUUUAAAGAGGAAAAAGCCUUCCCCUUAUCCCUUCUGUUCAUGCAGGGUCUUUUAUUGCAAACAGUCUCUCCCUCCUUCCCCAAUCUCUGACCCACUAAAUGACAAACACCAAAGCUGGAAUGUAAUUUUUAUAGUGAUGGCUCCUUCUACCACGGGCAAACCAAAGCCCUCUGCCAGGGGGUACAAAGCAAAUUUCAUAUGGAGGAUUUAGGUCUUAAUUUGCUGUUCCCUGAACUUGGGAUAACUAGAGCACCAAGAUAAACCAAGAGGAAAGGACCGUGAGUCCAGUAGGAACCAUCGGUGAUUAGAGUUCGUUUCUCCAUAAUCUUAACGGAAAGGACACACUGCUUCGCUCUAAAGGUUAACUUCUGCAUAUGUGAAUGAUUGAUUCUGUCACACUGGGCUUUUUUUUAUUGGGGGGCAGGGAUUCUCACCCUAAGAUGAAGGCCGAGAAUCCAAUCAGCAAGCCAGCCCCCAUUUAUUUAAAUGUUCAUUUUGGGCAGGAUCCUUUUAAAAUUCACAAUGAAGAGAGUUGGAAACAAUAAUAUCCAAAUGAGGAAGGGGCAAGAAAUUGGGUACUUCUCAACCUAAACCCACUUCCUAUCCCCAGCUCUACUGGAGCUAGCUUUUCCUUUCCCUUUUUACUUUUAAUAUCAUAUAGGCCUGUGUCAUAAAGUCAGUUUUGAGGAAGCAGACUACUCGGAGAAAAGAAUCCUGAGUUAGGAAACUUUGGCCUUUUCUCCCUUGCCACUGUUUCUUUAAGAGAAGCUUCUGUUCCAGGCUCCAGAUUGCCCAUUAACUUUAGCUUAUUCCUUUGUCCCUUAAUCCCAUCAAAGGAGUUGUGCCACCAGGUUUUUUUUUUUCCUUUUAUCUAUUCUCCCUCCCUUCUUCCUUUCUUUUCUCUCUAUUGAGAGCUGUUUGAACUUUUUUAUUUUUAUUUUUUUGCAUUGUGGUGCUUUCCAUCCAGUUUAGUCAAAUCCUUACAAAAAAAAACACCACCAAAUAUAAUAACAUAAUAUGAUAUAAUACAGGUUCAUAAAAACUAAGGAACCUCUCCCCACCAGCACCACCACACAGCAGUCCUCCCUAAGGGGAAAAAAAAGGUAACACCUACCGAGGAAGCCCAACCCUGGGGAAUGCUCUGGGGAGUUACUUUCAAACAGCUUACAAUGUCUACAAUUCAUCUGCCUCCUUAUUAGCUAAAUCAGGGAGCCCCUCACUGGAUGCAGUGAGGGCCAAGAGGGUUGUUCCUAGGGCAGAGAUUUAAAUGGCCAGGUCAGAGGAUGGACCUGUUUCUGAUACCACACGCUCUCUGUAGCAUUCUGGGUUUUCCUUAAGAAGAAGCUAUAUUUUUACUUAGUUUGGAACCUUAAGAAUCUGUUUAGAUAAUGUUCUGAUGUCCAUACAACAAACAAUAUGACACUGUAGUACCUUAGGGACUUUUUUAUAGAGAGGAAGCAGAAUUCUCAUUCUAUGUGACCCUGAGUAGGGCUAUUGAGAGGAAAAUGGCCAAUUGCACCUUAUAACAUGUACAUAUUACUUUUCUAAAUUUUUUAAAAUUGGGUUGGAAGAUGAGGAUGGAGAGAAUAUUUGAGCAAGCCAACUUGAGAUUGACCAGACUUCCAGGAUAUCAGGAUUUCUCCUGGCAUAGUCCAGCCUUUGAAGUAGUCCAACCCUGUGCAUAGCUUUAAAGGGGGUAAAUUAAAGUUAGAUGCCCCACCCAUUCUCCCUACCCCCUCCAGAAGUGAUAUUCAGCAUAUAGAAUAAAUAGAGGUCUACUAGGAUAAAACUCAGAACAUCCUUCAAGGGAUGUUGGAGGUCAUAUGUAUUUACAUAAAAAUGAUUGGAGGAACUUUAUUACUCCAUCUACUUUGUAGUGUCGAAUGAUUACAAACUCUAAACACCUGGUAUCUUUGAAUCAACAAGAACUAUGCCCACACAUUAGAAUGUUGUUGGUUUGGGGCUCCCCAUUGUCAAAUAAAUAAAUGCACGAUCUCACUACAUCUUUUAGCCUUAGCUUAUUACUCUUUCUAUACAGCCCACUUUGGUGGGAGAAAGGGUUGAACAGAAGUCCUUGAAGACUAUACUCUUUACAGCAUGCUAAAUAUUCUGGCAAGCCCCUGCCCUUAAUAAAACAGAUGUGUUUCUUGCUUCUGACCACUGCCCAUAAUUUGGCAACUCUUAAAUUCCCAUCAAAUACAAGGCCACUGGAUUUUUUCCAUUAUGUUUCAUUACCACGUACCUCAGUUAACUCAGUUGCAGAGUUUCCGGUCUUUAACUUUUUUUUUCUUCUGCUUUAAUGAGUGUGAUGCCACAUCAUUUCAAUUUUCUUCUAUCACAAUGGGCUCUUUAAGAGGCAUGAUUGUUUUACAGGUGGGGGGAUGCUAAAGAGUGCUGUUGUAGACAUGCUCCAUGUGAAUAAAGUACAUGAGGUGGCCUUCUUGUAUCAGACUGCGACAUGUAGCUGAUUGCCUCUUCAGAAGGCUGAUUUGUUCAGUGUUUUUAAAAUUAAUAACCUGUUCUUCCAACUAGUUUGAAGUUGGAUUUGAGAAAUGGUUUUGAAUGCAAUUAGAUAUGCUGUAUGGACAAUAAACUCACCGUGACCUAAA